AUGCAACCUACAUUUUCCAUAAAGACGCAAGCUACCUGAAAAGGAUACUGUCCUUGGAGAGGUUCUCAACUAUUCAAUCAACGGCUUCCUCCGCCAGAAGCCAGACAUGAAGGUUGGCUAACACACUGACCCAUCUGACGUAACAUACAACUUGCCACACAGCCGGCCCGGCUACGCCACAAGCUGCCAACGAUGGCAUCGUCUGCGCCAAAGGGGUGGGCGACGACACCCGGCCACAGCGCGAGGCCCGAAGUAAACGACGACAGGUCCCAUCGCGGGCGGCGGGCCGCGCAACGAGAGCCAGAACCGGAGAGGGGCAGGACCCUACAGCGCGGGCGGGCGGCGGCACGCCAGGAGCUGCGGGUGUACUGGCACAACCGGGGCAGCGACCGCGUCUACGUCCGCGCGCGCGACAACGACGACGACGGCGACGACGAAGGGGACCCCGGUGUCUUUGUCGGCGUGGACGAGACGCUCCGGUGCGACGCGGCCGACUACCUCCGCGGCCUGGCCGACUUCCUGGGCGACACCCGCGGCAGCUGCCGCCUGCACCUGCUCACCUGCACCGAGGGCUCUGUCGACGUCGUGGUCGACACGAGGCUGGACCUCCCGACCGUCGUCUCCAUCAUGAGGCGAUGCGCCGUGCCCAGGUCCGAGCACGCCGAUCUUGACCGAGGGCGGUCGUGAAGGAGAGCUAUCCGGCUCGUCUUGCUUUUCCCAGGCCUGCUAGGUGUAGUGAUUGGACCGGCACCUUCGCGGCGCGUUCUCG